UGGUUUAUUCCGAUUCUCUCUGCUCCCUCACUUCCUUGUCUUUUGCCGACAGGAGGCAAAAUGGUGUGACAGAAGCCAAACCAGAGACAGUGCCCAAGGACAUCAAACUUUAUCUGGAAGCGAAGCCCAUCACUCCUCUCGACGCCCUGGCCCUUCGCUACUUCCUGGACUACCUGUGGCUGAUGGAUUUUGUCUUGUAUGCGACUCUGGUUUACAUAUUUACUGAGGCCUACUACAGCCUGCUGACUGUCCAGGGAGAGGUGAAUGUCGGUGUGCUCUGGUGCCUGCUCACAUUAGCCUUUAGCAUUAAAGUUCUCUUCUCUCUGAUGACACAUUACUUCAGGACAGAGGAAGGAGGCGAGCGCUCUGUCUGCCUGACCUUUGCGUUCCUCUUUGUCCUCAUUGCUAUGCUGGUCCUGGUCGUGCGGGAGGAUUAUCUGGAGUUCGGCCUUGAGCCUG